AUGCUGUCGAUUGUCAAGAACAUCCCCCAAGGACAAGAAGCCAAGGAAGUUCAUGUAGUUGCAAUACAACUUGGGGUUCUAGUCAUGGCUUUUAUCUCCGAUGCCUUAGGCACAGCGCCGUACGCUGGUGUUGUACUUCUGGGGCUAGCCAUACCCGGUGGACCACCUCUUGGUGCAGCAGUAGUCCACAAGACCGAAUAUUUGGUCUCCCAACUUCCUAUGCCAAUGUUCUUUUUCUACGUUGGAGACGAUCAUUAUCAUGUCCUCAUAGAUGAACAAGCUUUUACUCAAAUAGUGUUAUCUAUGCUGGGGAUGACCAUGAUUGCAACACCAUUGCUACGAUUCUCAUACAGCCCUAAAAUCCGACUCGGAGCAUCAACCAAACGUCCCCGCUUCAGAAGCAUCCAAUCAAUGCCAAGCAACUUCGAAACAUUUCGCAUUCUUUGUUGCUUUCACAACCAAGAAAGCAUCCGCAACCUUAUUACCCUCCUGGAAGCCUCAUACCCGACGCAAGCAAGCCCCAUCUGCACCUACGUGGUCCAUGCAGUGGAGCUGAUGGGGCGUGCGGCGCCACUACUAGUCCCUCACAAUAAAUUAAAGCGCACAAAUACACCGACCCAUCAAAUGAUUCAAGCCUUUGAGAAUUACUCAGACAACUCCGAAGGACAGGUCACGAUCCACGCUUACGAUAUGAUCGCUCCUUACAAAAGCAUGCACAACACAAUAAUCCGUCUUGCAGAAGACAAGGUCGUUCCUCUGAUUAUCUUACCAUUCCAUGAUCACCAGGGUAUGGUUGACCUCACUUUGAUUGCCUCCAUACGCCAAUUCAACAUCAAUGUGCAAACAAAUUCCCCAUGUACAGUGGGAAUACUUGUUGAUAGAGACUUGUCUAGUCGGCUGAGAUUGACAAGCUCUUCCUUCAAUGUAGCGGUGAUUUUCAUUGGUGGAGCAGAUGACCGUGAGGUGUUGGCAUACGCAGCAAGAAUAUCUGGCAAUCCGACCGUGGGUAUGACGGUGUUCAGGAUAAUCUUGCGGGGUAAACUAGGAGGAGGUAACCAAGAGGAGGAAAUAGAGGCCAAGCUCGACCAGUCUUUGGUCGACGAGUUUAAGCUGGGGAACAUCGGGAAUGAUUGUGUGAAUUGGUAUGAUAUCGAGGUGGAUGACGGUGCACAAGUUAUGAGUGCCAUUAAGAAGUUGCAGGGCGAUUAUGAUCUUGUCAUGGUAGGGCGACGGCACGUGGAGAUGUCGCUGAGGGAUGAAGAAAUGGCGGUAUUCAUGGAGCAUCCAGAGCUGGGAGUGAUUGGUGACAUGCUGUCUUCUUUAGAUUUCUGUGAUGGGAUGGUGAAUGUGUUGGUCAUGCAAGAAAGCAGAGGCUUAGGCUGUGGAGCUUUUCGUAGUGACUCUGCAAGGGUUUCAUAG